UUGUUUUGAACGACAGAAUUCUGACUGCAUGGGAUGGCCGGUGCUUGCACAGGUUGAACGGACUGACCGUCCAGGGACUGUGGAGGGAGCAGCUGCUUGGACUGAAUGGUUGUUGAUGGACCAUCCCUAUGAAGACACAGAGUUACAAUGGGACAGAGCACCUCAGAACAAGGGGUCCAACAAGACACAUCACCAGACGGCUUUGAUAACUUGGAGACAUUUGUGGAGGAGGAAUUGCAGACAAGCAUGAUGGUGGGCAUGGUGAUUGGUGCGGGCAUUGCUAUAGUCCUCAUUGCCAUCUUUAUUUUCUUCAUAUUGAGGAGGAUUCAGCUUCGAAACCUGGAGGCUCAAGAGGCGCCGAAGUAUCGCUUUCGCAAACGGGAUAAAGUAAUGUUCUAUGGGCGGAAGAUAAUGCGUAAGGUUUCCCAGUCUACCUCUUCCCUGGUGGGUACGUCAUCGUCAUCUCGGCUGCGCCUAAAGAAAAAACAGAAGAUGAUCAACAUUGCCAAAAAGAUCCUUCGCUUUAAGAAGGAAGUGCCCAUUCUUCAAGCCAAGGAGCCCCCUCCCUCGGUGCUGGAAGCAGACCUGACUGAAUUUGACGUGGCCAACUCCCAUCUACCCUCUGAGGUGCUCUAUAUGCUCAAAAAUGUCCGAGUGUUGGGUCACUUUGAGAAGCCCCUCUUUCUGGAGCUCUGCAAACACAUGGUCUUUUUGCAGUUCCAGCAAGGGGAGAGUGUGUUCAGGCCAGGCCAGCCUGACAGCAGCAUCUAUGUGGUUCAGGAGGGAAAACUAGAACUGUGCCUUACUGGAACGGAUGGCAAAGAGAGUGUGGUGAAAGAGGUUUAUGCGGGGGACAGUGUCCACAGCCUCCUCAGCAUUCUGGAUGUCAUCACAGGCCACCAGAAGCCUUACAGAACAGUGUCAGCGCGGGCUGCAGAGGUGACCACUGUUCUCCGUUUACCUGUAGAGGCCUUCCUGUCUAUAUUUGAGAAGUAUCCCGAGAGCCUGGUGAGAGUCGUUCAAAUUAUUAUGGUUCGCCUCCAAAGAGUUACUGUCCUAGCCUUGCACAACUAUCUGGGGCUGACCAAUGAGCUCUUCAGUCAUGAAAUGCAGCCUUCACGCCCUCCCCCUCAGUCCCCUCAUCCCACACGGACCAGUCCUGUACGCCAUGGCAAACGCUUCGGCAGUUUGACGGUGCCCGAGGAGCAGCGCGAAGCUGCUGUCAGGGCUGAAACUCAAGGGGAUCAAAGCAAGGAUGGAUCCGGACCAACUCUUAGCAGGACAAUCUCCAUGCCAGUGGACAUUGCUGGUAUACAGAAAGGUGUGAGAUCAGAUUUUGACAUGGCUUUUGAGAGAGGAAGGAUCUCUGUCUCUGCAGAGGAUGGUAAUACUCCUCCGGCCUUUACUCGAUCUGUCUCCCAGGACCAACGGGAGAAACGAGUCACCGUAGAUGAAGUCCCGUCAGGUAUCUACCUGUAUCCAGAGGAAGACCCGACAGUGAACGUUUUCACUCCCGUUUCUGCCCGAUCCAGCUCUGCUCUGUUUGAGGAAGCUCAAAAAGACCUUUUCAAACUAAUGAGGAUUGAGGACCCAGCUUUGUUAAAGGGGAAAGUGACUCUGCAUCAUGCAAAAGCUGGAGCUGUUUUAGCAAGACAGGGAGACCAGGAUGUGAGUCUGCACUUUGUCUUGUCUGGUUGUCUGCACGUCUACCAGCGGAUGAUCGACAAACAGGAGGCAGUCUGCUUGUUUGUGAUUCACCCAGGAGAGAUGGUAGGCCAGCUUGCUGUGCUCACUGGAGAGCCCCUUAUCUUUACCAUUAAGGCUGUCCGAGACUGUACUUUCCUGAAGAUCUCAAAGUCAGAUUUCUAUGAGAUCAUGAGAGAACAGCCUAGUGUGGUUCUGAGUGUGGCCCACACCGUGGCCAUCCGCAUGUCAGCCUUUGUCCGGCAGAUGGACUUUGCCAUUGACUGGAUGGCUGUUGAAGCUGGCAGAGCUCUUUACAGACAAGAUGAUCAGUCAGACUGUACCUAUAUUGUUCUGAAUGGACGUUUACGAUCAGUCAUCCGAAAAGCAAAUGGCAAGAAAGAGCUGGUUGGUGAAUAUGGAAGAGGAGACCUUAUCGGUGUGGUGGAGGCGCUGACCCGGCAGCCCAGAGCCACCACGGUCCACGCCGUGAGGGACACAGAGCUGGUCAAACUGCCGGAGGGAACCCUGAACAACAUCAAAAGACGAUACCCUCAGGUGGUGACCAGGUUGAUUCACUUGCUUGGCCAAAAGAUUCUGGGGAACCUGCAGCAGGGUCGUGGGCCGUUCUCAGGUUCAGCUCUUAGCAUGCCCAGCAUGGCGUCAAGUGCAGAUGUCACCAACCCUGCAAGCAACCUGUCCACUGUGGCUGUGCUGCCCGUGUGUGACGACGUUCCCAUCAAUGCCUUUAACCUGGAGCUCAGCCAUGCCCUCCGUGCUAUAGGGCCAACUCUGCUUCUAACCAGUGACAUCAUCAAAGAGCGCUUGGGUGCUUCUACCUUGGACAGUAUUCACGAGUACCGUCUCUCUGGCUGGCUGGCUCAGCAGGAGGACAUCAAUCGGAUCGUCCUGUACCAGACUGACAACACCAUGACCCCAUGGACUCAGCGCUGCAUCCGGCAGGCUGACUGCAUUCUUAUUGUGGGGUUGGGGGACCAGGAACCUUCUCUGGGAGAACUGGAGCAGAUGCUUGAAAACACAGCAGUGCGGGCUCUGAAACAGCUGAUACUUCUGCACAGAGAAGACGGUCCUGGCCCGUCCAGGACGGUGGAGUGGCUAAAUAUGCGCAGCUGGUGCUCCGGGCACCUACACCUUAAAUGUCCUCGUCGGGUCUUUUCCAGACGGAGUCCCAACAAACUGAGGGAGGUAUACGAGAAGGUUUUUGAGAAAACUGCAGAUAGACACAGCGAUUUCUCUCGGCUGGCCCGAGUCCUGACCGGAAACAGCAUCGCUCUAGUGCUGGGUGGGGGUGGAGCCAGAGGCUGCUCACAUGUAGGUGUGAUAAAAGCCAUGGAGGAAGCGGGGAUUCCUAUCGACAUCGUGGGCGGGACGUCGAUCGGCUCUUUCAUUGGUGCUCUGUAUGCUGAAGAGAGGAGUGCUGUUCGAACCAAACAAAGAGCCAGAGAGUGGUCAAAGGCUAUGAAGUCGGUCUUUAAAACAGUCCUGGACCUUACCUACCCGAUUACAUCCAUGUUUUCUGGCUCGGCCUUUAACACCAGCAUCUAUAAAGUGUUCCAGGACAAGCAGAUAGAGGACCUGUGGCUUCCAUACUUUAACAUAACCACAGACAUUACAGCCUCAUCCAUGCGCGUUCACCAGGAUGGUUGUGUCUGGCACUAUGUUAGAGCCAGCGCCUCCUACACCCCCUAUUUACCUCCCCUGUGUGACCCCAAGGAUGGCCACUUGCUUGUGGAUGGUUGCUAUGUUAACAAUGUCCCAGGCUCUCUGUGGCGCUAUGUGCGGGCGAGCAUGACCCUCUCAGGGUACCUGCCGCCUCUCUGCGACCCCAAAGAUGGCAACUUGCUAAUGGACGGUGGCUACAUCAACAACCUGCCAGCGGACAUUGCUAGGAACACAGGGGCCAGAACAGUCAUUGCCAUCGAUGUGGGUAGUCAGGAUGAGACUGACCUUUGUAACUAUGGCGACAGCCUGUCUGGCUGGUGGCUUCUGUGGAAACGGAUCAACCCUUGGGCAGAAAAAGUAAAGGUUCCAGACAUGGCGGAGAUCCAGUCACGGUUGGCGUACGUGUCCUGUGUGCGGCAGCUGGAGGUGGUGAAGAAGAGCGCUUACUGUGAGUACAUCAGACCACCGAUAGACCGCUUCAAGACGAUGGACUUCGGGAAGUUUGAUGAAAUCUACGAUGUGGGCUACCAGCAUGGCAAGUUGCUGUUCACUGGCUGGGCUCGAGGCGACAUCAUCGAGAACAUGCUGAGGGACCACCGUUCAGCCGACUACAAUGACUGCAAGAGAACCGAUAUCGUCACCUGUCCCGGCGCUGAUUUCACUGACCUUGCAGAGAUUGUGUCCAGGAUAGAUCCGGUCCAGACCUAUGUUGGUGCUGAAGCAGAGGAGUCCGACUAUCUGACGGAGUAUGAGGAGGAUGGGAUGGACACGGUGAGAGAGGAGGAAGGAGAGGAGGAGGAGGAGGAUGAGACGGAGGACCCUGAAGAUCAGUCCCCUGGAGAGUGGGCCCAGAAUGGAAUCUUCCAGACUGAUGAGGACAAGUCUGUGAGGAAACGCAGGAAACUCACCAGUGACUCCAACGUCUCUGAAGUGUCAGACUGCUAACAGGAGGUCCUGGAGACGCCCGACGGUCGCACCAACAAUCCCGCCAUCGUGGGUUUUCAGAGGCCAUCCUUAGCCUCUGGAAAAUAUUUCAGUUUUUCUGGGUACACUCUUAUCUUUUCAAAGCUGAUAACUGUAUUUGCACCAAGUGGUUUCCUACUGAAAUGAGAUGUUUUUAACUGUAGCUUUUACCACACUGAUGAUGCAGGUGGGUGUGAUGACACGAGAGUUCAGAUUCAUAAGACUUUGAGAAAAAGACACGAGGGAGGAGCGAACGCCAAAAGACCAGGUCUGCUUGACUGUAAUGUUCGGGGUCUGGAAGGACAAAAGAAGUUCUGAUCAUUCUAUAGAGACUUUGAAUAAACUGAGGCUGAGCUGCUGGGGGAUCAUAUUUACACAGAACAAUCACUGUAUUCUUCAGAAAAUGAGAAGAAAAGCUGAUGAACACGAAGAGACUGAAAACAAUAAACUGGUAAACUUGAUGCUCUGCUGUAGAAAACCAAACCAGACCUGACUGAAGCAGAGAAAACCCCGCUGACAGCACAACAGGAGGAUGUUUUAAUUCAUCUGUUUAAACAGCUUUUAGCUUCUUAACAAACAGUGUGAUGUUUCUUUUUGGAAUGGACGUUCUAAAGAAACAAGUGUUGUUCUUUUUGUUUUUUUGUUGUUUUUCCAAAGUCACAGACUGUUUUUGCGUAAUUUUACAUAACUCGAUAACCUCUGAAUGCAUCAUAAAACAGAUUUGAGAGUUUGCCUUUCAAAACGAUCAAUUCAAACCGCACUAAUGAUUUUCUAUAGAUGAUAUGCAGACAUGAGUCAGCCUCAUCCUUCAGCAGGCAGAAACUCACUGAAAAUAUGCGGUAAACUGAACUCUUCAAUUGCUCUAGAUAAAGACAAGUUCUUAUUAAUGUGAACACGAGUCAUUUCAAGAUGAUGCUUUGAUCUCGCAUUCUUUUAAAAAGUGGUUUCCACCAAACUUCAGUGCUUGACAGACUUUCAUUUGAGUUAACUUUUGGAGAAGUUUGGUCUAACUCUGAUUAACUUGGCUUUAGCUGUUUUUGCACUGAAACAUCAAAGGUUUUCCUUCAUAGGUGAUGUGUCAGAAAAUGUCAUAUUUGCCGAUAUCCCUGAGACGAGAACGUUUACGGAAUACAGCGAGACUAUAAUUUGAUAUACAUAUUGGAGAAUAAAAAAGAUCUGCAUCACGUG